CCCUUAUACCAGUACUUUGUGUUUGGAUGCUCUUCAAAAUGACAAAACAGACAAACCAUCUUCUGAAAAGGGGUUUAAACUAGAAGGUUAUUUCAGCAAGUGGCUGUGAAGAAAGGAACAACUCUGGAACGUUUCCCUCUAAACAGAACUAUGAACACGACCUCAGUAUUCCAGACGGACUGCCCUGAAGUGAAAGUCCCGGUCCCUCUCUUCCUUACCAUGGGAUUAGUGAGCUUGGGUGAGAACUUCCUGGUUGUGUUAGCCGUCAUACGAAAUAGGGAUCUUCACUCGCCCAUGUACUGCUUCAUCUGCAGCCUGGCAGCAUUCAACACCAUCGCCAGCCUUACCAAAACCUGGGAGACCCUGAUGAUUGUGUUGGCCGACGUGGGGCAGCUGGAGAAAAGAGGCUCCUCUGAGACAAAGUUGGACGAUGUGAUGGACUCCCUGCUGUGUAUGUCGUUCGUUGGCUCCAUCUCGAGUUUCCUGGCCAUUGCUGUGGACCGUUACAUCACCAUCUUCCAUGCACUGCGAUAUCACAACAUUAUGACAAUGCAACGCACCAGGGCAGUCUUGGGUGUCAUCUGGACAAUGUGUGGGGUGUCAGCCGUACUUAUGGUGAGGUUCUUUGCCGCUAAGUUCACCAUGAUCUGCUUUGUCGUCUUCUUCGUCGUCUCCUUGGUGAUUAUCUGCUUCCUCUAUGUCUACAUGUUCAUGCUGGCUCGCAUCCAUGCCCUGAAGAUUGCAGCUCUGCCCACCAGUGGCGUGGGUAAGUGUCGUUGGAGGUGCUGCAGCAUGAGAGGGGCCCUGACUCUCACCAUCCUGUUCGGGACAUUUAUCGUGUGUUGGGCGCCGUUUUUUGUCCACCUUAUCAUCAUCAUGGUGUGCCCCGCGAACCCAUACUGCGAGUGCUACCGAUCGCUAUUCCAGCUGCACAUGGUGCUGCUGAUGAGUCACGCCCUGAUUGACCCAGGCAUCUAUGCCUUCCGCAGCGCAGAGCUCAGACAAACCUUCAGGAAGAUGCUCCUUUGUUCAACUUGGAAGCCAUGCUCAUAGAGAAAACUUGUUUCUGCUUUAUAUUCUAUGUUCUCUGUACAUGCAGAGCACUUUACGUUCACUGUUUUGCAUAUAUUUAUAUUACAUAACAUGUUGUUUUUUAUCCAAAGCAACUUACAAUUAGUGCAUUCAACAUCUAUGAGCGGCCAUUUAGGGGUUCAGUAUCUUGCCCAAGGACACAUCGGCAUGCAGAUGGGAAAGACUGAGGAUCAAACCGUCGACAUUCUGGUUGGAGGACGACCAUUCUACACCUCAGCCACAGACACCCAAUUUUAUAUGUAUUUAUAUAUGUAAAAUAUAUCUAACACAGUGAAUGUAAAGUAUAUAAAUAUACUUAAUGUACAUAUUCAAGCAACAUUUACAACUAAACAAUGUCAGUUUGUUCCAAAAAUCAUCUCAUUAUCCUGUUUUUGUGUAUGCAUUAAAAUGCU